AAAUUUAAUCAGUCCAGCUGUUUUGAUUUGCAACACAAAAAAACAUUCAAAAACAUUGCAAAUCCUUUCGCUCCGCGCGUGCAAGUUUUCACCAAUUUACCCUAGUAAAAGUGCCCAUUCGCAUCCUGCCAAAAUGAAAAAGCAAGCGAAAAACCUGCUGAUGGACAAGCUGCACCGUGGCGUCGUUUACACCUGCAUCGGGCUGACUCUUUAUGGAAGUUACAUGCUGGGGCAGCGUUUCUAUCGCUAUUUCACCGUCAUCAAACCGGCACGACUGGCCGAAGAACAACGAAUGCUGGAAGCCGGAGCCGGACCAGGCCCUCUUGUGUCCGCGGACAGUGCACCCACGCUGAAGACGUAGGCUGGGAAUGGCCAUUAUGAAUAAGUGAAAUUGUACGCGUGAAUGGUUUGUAUGACCGGAUGAAUGUUCGCAUUAGGAUGCAUAAGGGCUUAGGUGUGAAUAAAAUUAUGUAACUGUUGAACUCA